AUGCUCGCGUCCCGACAGGUUCUGGGCAACCUUGCCCGGGGCCGCGUCCUCGGCGGCGUUGCCGGUGGCGCUCGUCGCCUGGCUACCGUCUCUGACUCUGCCCUUGACCGUAAGGUCCGCCAGAACAACUGGGAGGAGAACAACUUCAUCAACUACAAGAAGAUGUCUGAGAACCUCGCCAUCGUCCGCGGACGCCUGAACCGCCCUCUCACCUAUGCUGAGAAGAUCCUCUAUUCCCACCUGGAUGACCCCCACGGUCAGGAGAUUCAGCGGGGCAAGUCCUAUCUGAAGCUGCGCCCGGAUCGCGUUGCCUGCCAGGAUGCCACCGCCCAAAUGGCCAUCCUGCAGUUCAUGUCUGCUGGCAUGGAUCAGGUGGCGAAUCCCACCACCGUCCACUGCGACCACUUGAUCGAGGCCCAGAUCGGCGGCGAGAAGGACCUCGCUCGCGCCAUCAGCAUCAACAAGGAGGUCUACGAUUUCCUGUCUUCUGCCUGUGCCAAGUACAACAUUGGCUUCUGGCGUCCCGGCUCCGGUAUCAUUCACCAGAUCAUCCUCGAAAACUAUGCAUUCCCCGGUGGACUUCUCAUCGGCACGGACUCGCAUACCCCUAACGGCGGAGGCCUUGGCAUGUGCGCCAUUGGUGUCGGUGGUGCCGAUGCUGUCGAUGUCAUGGCCAAUCUUCCCUGGGAGCUGAAGGCCCCCAACGUCAUUGGUGUGAAGCUCACCGGCAACAUGUCGGGCUGGACUUCGCCCAAGGAUAUCAUCCUCAAGGUUGCCGACAUCCUCACCGUCAAGGGUGGCACCGGUGCCAUUGUUGAGUACCAUGGCCCCGGUGUUGACAAUAUCAGCGCCACAGGCAUGGCCACCAUUUGCAACAUGGGUGCUGAGAUUGGCGCAACAACUUCUCUGUUCCCCUUCAACGACCGCAUGUACGAUUACCUGUCGGCAACGAAGCGCAAGGACAUUGGCGACUUCUCCCGCGCCUACGCCGCCGAGCUGCGUGAGGACCAGGGUGCCGAGUACGAUCAGCUGAUUGAGAUCAACCUGUCCGAGCUUGAGCCUCACAUCAAUGGGCCCUUCACCCCUGACCUGGGUACUCCGAUCUCCAAGUUCAGCCAGGCUGUUAAGGAGAACGGCUGGCCUGAGGAGCUGAAGGUUGGCCUCAUUGGCUCGUGCACCAACUCUUCCUACGAAGACAUGUCCCGUGCUGCCUCGAUCGCCCGGGACGCCCUCGACCACGGCCUCAAGGCCAAGUCUGUCUUCACUGUCACGCCUGGCUCCGAGCAGAUCCGCGCCACCAUCGAGCGCGAUGGUCAGCUGCAGACCUUUGAGGAGUUUGGCGGCAUUGUCCUUGCCAACGCCUGCGGUCCCUGCAUUGGCCAGUGGGACCGCCAGGAUGUCAAGAAGGGCGAGGCCAACUCCAUCCUCUCGUCGUACAACCGUAACUUCACCGGCCGCAACGACGGCAACCCUGCUACCCACUCUUUCGUCACCUCCCCCGACCUGGUCGUGGCGCUGACCAUUGCCGGCUCGCUGCACUUCAACCCCCUCACCGACAAGCUCAAGGACAAGGAUGGCAAUGAGUUUAUGCUGAAGCCUCCCACGGGCAACGGGCUCCCCCCCCGCGGCUACGACCCCGGCAACGACACCUACCAGGCGCCGCCCAAGGAGCGUGCUGGUGUCACUGUUCAGGUGGCUCCUACGUCGGAUCGUCUGCAGAUCCUUCAGCCUUUCCAGCCCUGGGACGGCAAGGACGCCAAGGACAUUCCCAUCCUGAUCAAGGCGCAGGGCAAGACCACGACUGAUCACAUCUCCAUGGCCGGCCCUUGGCUGAAGUACCGUGGCCACCUGGACAACAUCUCCAACAACAUGCUCAUCGGCGCCAUCAACGAGGCCAACGGCGAGGCAAACAAGAUCAAGAACGUCACCACUGGCGACUGGGAUGCUGUGCCUGCCGUCGCCCGUGACUACAAGAAGAAGGGCAUCAAGUGGGUUGUUAUUGGCGACUGGAACUACGGCGAGGGCAGCUCGCGUGAGCAUGCCGCUCUGGAGCCCCGUCACCUUGGUGGCCUCGCCAUCAUCACUCGCAGCUUUGCUCGUAUCCACGAGACCAACUUGAAGAAGCAGGGCAUGCUGCCCCUUACCUUCGCCGAGCCGGCCGAUUAUGACAAGAUUAAGCCUGAGGACAAGGUCGACAUUCUCUGCACCCAGCUUGCCGUUGGCAAGCCCGUGACCAUGGUUGUUCACCCCAAGGAUGGCAAGUCCUUCGAGGUUCAGCUGCAGCACACGUUCAAUGAGGCCCAGAUUGAGUGGUUCAAGAACGGAAGUGCGCUCAACACCAUGGCCAAGGCCACCAAGUAA